AUGUUCCACGCACGGAACCUACUGUACUGGGUCCAUCCCAGCGCGCGGUCUACCGCCCUGAGAAGUGUGAUUGGCGCCGACGCGAGGAGAGUUGAGACGUGGAAGAGGAUCUCAAAGCCUCCCGGCCAGUCGGCCGAAGCUGCAGAUGUGGGAUCGCCAUUCACACGUCGAGGAUCGCUACUUGAUUCCGCUCAUCAUCGUGCCGAGUGCGUAGGAUCGUUGAUUUGCACAAUGGCCGAUCCUCUUGCAGCCGCACAUGAGCACAACACGCUGGCGCCUAUUCAUCUCAGCCUCGCGAACGAACACCUCCGAGACAUCUUCCUCGCACUCUCCUUUCUCGAUACUCCCUCUCUUGAGCGCCCUCAUGGGUGGUUCAUCCAGGUCAACGGCGUCUGUCGGCUUUGGCGCGAGAUUGCCCUCAACUUUGCCGAGCUCUGGGCUCGCAACGCUGGGUCGUUUCUCUCCCGUCGCAUGGCCGAUCUUGCAAUCGCGCGCGCCGGAAGAUCUCUCCUGAGCUUUGCCGGGCAUUACGAGGAUCAUGAAGGUCCUGGCUACGUACUCACGAAGUAUCAACUGUCGUUAGUCGAAGCGCACGCGAAGCGUCUGCGAUCGCUCGUUCAUGAUGAUUAUGUUGAUUGGUUUCGAAUGUUCAAUCGAGUCCGAGCCUUUCCCGAGCUGGUGACGGCGAGGAUAUGGGAUGACUCUGGGCCAUACAUGUGGAACGAGCACAUAGACACGCCCAAGCUUGAAUGCCUAUAUCUGAAUAACGCGUCGUUACAUGCGCGUGGACAUGGAUAA